CUUGGCGCCAUUUGGCUUUAUAUCUCCAACUCUCCCGUCAUUUGACAUGAAUUAAAAUGAGUCAGAAGGAUGCGAACAAAGUGGUUACGGUUGUCGCCUACUUGUGUCAAGGAGACAAGUCGAAAGAAAUAUCAUACACUGAUGCCAAAGCCAUUGGUAACGGAUCGUUUGGCGUUGUGUAUCAAGCCAGACUUCUGGAGACUGACGAAAUCGUCGCUGUUAAAAAGGUUCUUCAAGACAGGAGGUUUAAGAAUCGAGAAUUACAAAUUAUGCGCCAACUAGACCAUCCAAAUAUUGUGCAGUUGAAGUACUUCUUUCACUUUGUGGGUGAUAGAAAAGAUGAGGUGUAUUUAAAUUUGGUCCUUGAAUUCAUUCCGGAAACAGUUUAUCGUGUUUCAAGAAGAUAUGCUCGUCAAAAGGAAACAAUUCCUCUUUUGUUUGUAAAGCUCUAUAUGUACCAACUAUUCCGAAGUUUGGCCUACAUACAUCAUAAAGGCAUUUGUCAUCGGGAUAUAAAACCCCAGAACUUACUUUUAAAUCCGGCUACAGCUGUUUUAAAAUUGUGCGACUUCGGAAGUGCAAAGGUUUUAGUUCGCGGCGAACCUAACGUUUCUUACAUAUGUUCUCGUUAUUACCGGGCUCCUGAAUUGAUAUUUGGUGCUGUGGAUUACACAUGCCAGAUUGAUGUCUGGUCAGCUGGUUGCGUACUUGCUGAACUCAUGUUAGGUCAGCCCAUUUUUCCUGGAGAAAGUGGUGUAGACCAACUUGUUGAGAUUAUCAAAGUUCUAGGUACUCCGUCACGUGAACAAAUUCACGAAAUGAAUCCUGACUAUCGAGAAUUUAAAUUCCCUCAAAUUAAACCCCAUCUUUGGUCAAAAGUUUUUCGUCCUCGUGUUCCGUCAGAAGCAAUUCAGUUAGUGUCCCAACUACUCGACUACACACCUUCAAAACGUUUAGAACCGUUAGAUGCUUGUUUACAUUGUUUUUUUGAUGAGUUAAGGCAAGAAGAAACUAGACUUCCUAAUGACAGACCUCUACCUCCGUUAUUUAAUUUGACACCUUAUGAAAUGACUAUGCGAGAUGAUAUGUACAAAUUUCUCCCACCUCGAAAAACUGGAGGAGAUGGGGGAUCAGAGUCACGUUUACCACCUGCUUCAAGUCUUUCAGUCGCAGAACAUCAUAGUAUAGAUAGAACGGAUACUGUGUGUGUUAAUCUCACAGGAAACAAUCACAAUGCUUCUACAUCAGAAGGGAGUAAAUUAUCAGAUUCAGAAAUUCAAUUAGGAGUUGUAGCUCCGUCUGGUAGUUCGGAUAAUAUACAACUCACAUCAGAUAACAGUAACAACAAUGAUAAUAAUAACAAUAUUGAUAUACCUCAACAAUUGAAGGAUUCCUGCCAGGAAGAGUCAGAAUCCCGGAAUGUCCAAGGUAGCAAUAGUUAAAGAUAAUUAUCACAUUUAUCCUGUCUACACAAUUCGAUCACUAUAUUCGUCCUCAUGUGACAUUUAUUCACUUUGAAAUUCAAUAUCACGAAGUGAAAAGGCAAAAUCAUUUGACUCAGGUUUCUUGUCAAGUUUAUUCCUAUUGAAAUACGUACAAAUCAUAUACAUGUACAAAAUUUUUGCCUGUAAAAUUUAUGCUGUCUAUCAAGAUAAUCAACUUCUCUCUAGAUGACAAUCAUCAUAACACAGGUAGUAAUUAUGGUGAUGAAACAAUUUGUCUUAUUUCUUUCUCAUUUAGGAUAUCAUUUCUGUACAAACAUAUUCUCACCUAUUUAUGCAAACACAUUCACAAAUUAAUAAUCAUUUCUCGUUUAAUUUCCUUCAUGUUCACUCGUUUUCAGUCAGUGAAACAGUUAGUAUUUACAUAUUUUGUGUGUGUGUGUGUGUAUUUUUUUGUUUAUUAUUCAUAUAUACUACAUGUAAUAAUGUGUAAUCUGUUUAUUUUCAAUACACUGGUACUUGCUUCAUUUUUCUCUGACUAUCCUAGUUUAUUUGUUUCUGUGUAAUUGUUUCCUUUUCAUUUGAAAAAAAAAAUAAUAAAUGGAUGAUCGUUAACUUGAAAAAAUCUGUUGUCUUCUAAUUGUUUCCGUUUUUUUUUAUAUUGAUAAUCAAAGAAAGCGUUUGUUUAUUGAAUGCCACAAUGUGUAAUGUUUAAAAAUGUGUUUUUCGAGUGUUUAUUUCCUCCUUAAUGUUUGUUUUACAUUCUGUCAAGUUCUAAUGAUCCUCAUUUUGUUUAUGUAUGUAUAUCAUUCCUGUUAUUAUUACUGCAUGGAGCGCCAAAUACACAUUACAUAUAUAUAUAUAUAUAUAUAUA